AUGGAUAAACAAUUAUUCCUUCAAGUUUUUAAUAAUAUUGUUUUAUCAAAGAGUAUAUUUAAUUUCAUAGUAUAUAUUCAUCGUUAUUGUUUCAACCAUUUAGUUCGUCUAAAAUGGAAUCAAUUAAUUCGGAAUCCAAAAGCAUUAGUUGGCAAUGGUUAUAUAAAGCUUUUAAAAGAUUAUUUAAAUACAGUUAAUAAUAACAAUAGUAAUAAUAGAGAUAAUAGUGAUCGUAUUAUUGAAAUAAAUAAAGAGCAAAAUGAUAUAAUAGUAAAUAUUACAGAUGCUUUGGUAUUUUGUAUACGAUUCGAUCGAUUGGAAUUAUUGGAGAUUAUCAUUGGAAUGUUGACUGCGCCACCUUACAAUUUGGAAUGUAUUAAACCAUUUAGAAUUAUUAAAGUCAAACAAUAUCUGAAUAUGGCUUUAAAUAAUUUCAAUGUGGCUACCGAAGAAUCUGGAAAUCCUUCGAGCGACGACCUAAUGUAUUAUGCUUCAUUGUAUGGGAGAUUGGAUAUUCUGAAAUAUUUGGAUGCCAAUGUGGAUUUUAAGACACUGGUCAGUGAUAAUCAGCGAUAUUUCAAUGAUUCCAGACAGUUUCAAGUUGGAUGGGAUUACUACAAGGCAAUGACAGUCUCUCCCGCGAGUGGAAGCAUGAAUACCCUAGUUUGGCUGUCAACGAAAAUGAAUGAGAACGGUGGAAUUCAAAAAUAUUUCAAUAUGAAAAUCAUACAUACAACUAUCGAGAAUGCAGCUCUCUAUGGACGAUACGAAAUGAUUCAGUGGCUUGUCGAUAACAGGAUAUCGGAGCGACGAACUUUUAUGGUACCGAAUGCUGUCUGUGGUGGCCAUAUCAAUAUUCUCGAGUGGUUGGAUCAGAAUAACUAUGAUUUUGGAUUCAGUUAUUUAAUGGACAGUGCUGCGAUUGCCAAUCAGUGGGAAGUAUUGAAGUGGCUACACGAACACGACAAAGGCGGAAUGUGUGUCCAAGCAAUGAAUUAUGCAGCUGAAAUUGGGAAUUUAGAUAUUUUAAAAUGGAUUCAUUAUAAUCGUACAGAAUCAUGGACUUCCGAUGUGAUGGAUCAAGCUGCAACUCGUGGCCACUUACAUAUUGUAAAAUGGCUGCACCAAAACCGAACAGAAGGCUGUACUACUGAUGCUAUUGAUGGUGCUUCGAUGUUCAACAGGUUGGAGGUGGUAGAUUGGCUAUACAAGAAUCGAACUGAAGGAUGUACUGGUGCUGCCUAUAGUAAGGCAAUUGCUAAUGGAAGUUUGGAUACAUUAAAAUUCUUACACAAAAACAUACCGAAAGUAACAUUCACCAAAGAGGACAUCUAUGAAGCGAUUCAGAACCAUCAUUAUGAAACUAUCUUGUGGCUUUUGGAAACUUUUCCUGAAAGAUUUGACAUUGAUCAAAUUCUAAAUAUUUCAAAACAACAUAAUUUCAAUGGUAUAUUUGAAAUUAUAUCGAAUUUAAAUUUAAAAUCAACUAUAAAUAUAUUAUAG